GCAAAAAAAACGCGCCUUCCUUGUCGCCGGAACUGAACUUUAUACAUUCUCUUUCAAUUAGUUAUAUUCCACUGUAAGGAAGCGUUAGGAUUUUUUUUUUUUAAUGUGUGAUGAUGGCGGCUUCAGCGAAUAUGAACGGUGGGGAUCAUACGGUGGAACUGAUCGUGCGUGGCGCCUCAGAAUCAGCGGCUGAUGGUGGCUCAGCAACAUCGGCGUCGGAGGAGAUAACUCCUCUCUUGACUCAGAGCGAGAGGCCCAAGAUCAACAUCUUCUCGGUGUCUCGUUCCCGAAGAAAACCUAGGGGGCAAGUGAUAAAAGUAUCAGAAACUGAGAUAUCUCCAGUUUCACAGUUUAUUUUGUGGGUAUGGAAUGGUUCCAGUUACUCUGGUCUAAUUUGCAUGACCUUAUCAUCUAUAACCUACUUUAUCAUGGAAGUUCUUUCAGAUAAUUUCACUGCUCAGUCAAUUCCCUUGUUGGAGACUGCAUUUGCAAGGUGUACAGUUACCGUGAUACUAUCAUAUAUAUGGUUGAGAAGAAGUGGGCUGCCAAUUUUUGGAGCAACACAUCCCAGGAAUCUUUUAGUUUUAAGAGCCCUAGUGGGAUAUCUCUCAUUAUUGAGUUUUAUCUAUUGCAUUCAGCGAAUACCUUUUUCUCAGGCUAUUGUAUUAAGCUUUACAACUCCAAUAGUGGCUUCAAUCAUGGCUAGAAUUAUUUUGCAAGAGACGUUGAAAAUUGCAGAAAUCGGAGGUCUUGCUUGCAGUUUCGUUGGCAUGUUUUUCAUUUUUCAGCAGAUGCUUACUACACAAGGUACAGAACAAACCUAUUACUGCGGGACUUUUCACCCUUCCUGGGAUGUGGCAGGAGGGCUACUUAAAGCUGAGGAAGCAAGCAAUAUCAAUUUGAGAGGAAGUCAACAUAUGUAUGCAGUCUUGAUUGGUUUAUUUUCGUCUAUAUCUGGUGGAAUCAGCUACUGUCUUAUAAAGGCUGCUGCUAAGGAAUCAGAUCAACCCGUGGUGACAGUUCUUUCAUUUGGCAUACUGGCCAGCCCUGCUGCAGGAAUAUGCACAUUUGCCUUUGAGGAGUUUGUGCUGCCAGGUUUCUAUUCUUUAUCUCUUAUGAUUGCACUUGGUAUUCUGUCCUUCUUAGCUGAGGUGCUUUUAGCACGAGGACUUCAGCUUGAGAAAAUCAGCAAAGUUGCAAAUGUCCAGUUUAUUGAGGCUGCCUUGUCACAGUUAUGGGGCAUAAGCACAUCAAGAGUCGCUCCUUCUUUUGGUCGACUUGUUGGGUGUCUACUUAUAUUAAUCUCAGUGUCGUGUACCAUGUUUCUUGGACCCCAAAAAGAGACUGAAUGAGAAAUAUUACAGUCUUUUCUUUACCACCCAUAGUUUGUGUUCAACGUGUUUUGCCAUAAAAUUUUUUAAUUGUAUUUAGUA